AUGGGAGUAACAAAAAAACCUGACUUAAAUGAUCCUGUAUUAAGAGCUAAAUUGGCUAAAGGUAUGGGUCAUAAUUAUUACGGGGAGCCCGCAUGGCCCAACGAUCUUUUAUAUAUUUUUCCAGUAGUAAUUCUAGGUACUAUUGCAUGUAAUGUAGGCUUAGCGGUUCUAGAACCAUCAAUGAUUGGUGAACCGGCAGAUCCAUUUGCAACCCCGUUAGAAAUAUUACCUGAAUGGUAUUUUUUUCCUGUAUUUCAAAUACUUCGUACAGUGCCUAACAAACUGUUGGGCGUUCUUUUAAUGGUUUCAGUACCUGCGGGAUUAUUAACAGUACCUUUUUUAGAGAAUGUUAAUAAAUUCCAAAAUCCAUUUCGUCGUCCAGUAGCGACGACUGUCUUUUUGAUUGGUACCGCCGUUGCCCUUUGGUUGGGCAUUGGUGCAACAUUACCUAUUGAUCAAUCUCUAACUUUAGGUCUUUUUUAA